CAUGCCUGCUCUUUUUUUUUUUUGGCAGACGCAGCCUAGUAUGAUAUAAAAGCAUUUUAAGUCGUUUUCACGCAGCAAGGAUAGCCCGCGCUCUUCAAACAAUAAACCCUAAAGCUCCACCAACUGAAAAAAUGGCGGUUCAUAGUCCAACGUCAAAUGAAAUUCAACCCUCCAUAUCGCAUUCAAACAAUUCUUCAACUCACCAUCAGUUCUUUGUAUGGAGAGAGUUCCUAUGGGGAGCUAUUGCUGGAGCUUUUGGGGAAGGAAUGAUGCAUCCUGUUGAUACCAUCAAGACACGAAUUCAGAGCCAAGCUGUUCUUAGCGGAAGCCAGAGCCAAAGGAGCAUACUGCAGAUGGUCCGGACAGUCUGGGCUGCUGAUAGAGUGAGAGGCUUUUACAGAGGUAUAACUCCUGGAGUUACUGGGUCUCUUGCAACUGGAGCAACAUAUUUUGGUUUUAUAGAGUCAAGCAAAAAGUGGAUCGAAGAAUCACAUCCUAGCCUUGGGGGCCACUGGGCAAAUUUCAUUGCUGGAGCUGUUGGAGAUACACUUGGUUCUUUUGCAUAUGUUCCAUGCGAGGUAAUGAAGCAACGCAUGCAGGUCCAAGGCACAAGAACAUCUUGGACUAAUGCUGUUCUGAAAGACAAUAUCAGGGUGAAAUCUGGUCAACAAAUGUAUGGCUAUUACACAGGAAUGUUCCAGGCUGGCAGUUCAAUAUUGAGGGAGCAAGGCCCAAAAGGAUUAUAUGCUGGAUACUGGUCUACACUUGCAAGGGAUGUGCCAUUUGCUGGUCUUAUGGUUAUGUUUUAUGAAGCCCUGAAAGAUCUGACAGAGUGUGGGAAGCAAAAAUGGAUGCCUGGUUCAGAUUAUUUCAUUAAUAGUUCUACGGAGGGGCUUGUCCUGGGAGGACUGGCUGGUGGUAUCAGCGCAUAUCUGACCACUCCCUUUGAUGUCAUCAAAACAAGGUUGCAAGUCCAGGGAUCAACUGUAAGGUACAAAGGCUGGUUGGACGCAAUGCAAAGGAUUUGGAUGGUUGAAGGUGUUAAAGGAAUGUUUAGAGGAAGCAUUCCCAGGAUAACAUGGUAUAUCCCAGCUUCUGCCCUCACUUUCAUGGCUGUGGAAUUUCUCAGGGACCAAUUCAAUGAAAGAAUAGAGUGUAAUAAUAAGCAAGAAGUUGCCAACUUGUCAAUAGAGAGAAAGGGAUCAUCUCUGCGAGAGGUAGCAUAGACCAUUGUACCAUAGUAGCGUUUUACAUAUUUUUUCUGGCCCAAUUGCAAUUCUUUACUUAAGCUACAUUUUUUAAAGUCAAAAUGCCUCUUUUGGCACUUAAAAUUAGGUCAAAAUAUCAUUUUAGCCUUUUAAUAAAUUCGAAAGACAAUAAAAUGCUGUAUUUUUUAAACAAGUUUUAUUAAUUCGGGAGAGAAUUUAUUACUGCCCAGACUCCUAGUGGAUUAGAAUGAGCUUAAUUUCAAACGUUGAAGACUUGCGGCAGGGGGUUAAACGAUAGCGUUUUACUGCUCUUUGAGACAUUCUGUAAGAACAUCAAUCGUCCCGUAAAAAAAAAAAAAAGAAA